UGCCUCCCCACCACAAUCACCACAGCAUUGUCCAUGUCCAUGAGUUCUGUCUAUUUUUUUCUCAAUUCUUCCACCCCUAGCACUCCCCCCAACCAAGCUGUCUGAGCCCACAUUUUAGAAAAAGCAGUCUAAAACAUACUUGCCUGAUUUUUAGUCUUACUGGAUUCCAAAUAGUGAAUUCAAUGAAUCUCUUCUUCCAUUAGAGUCUUGCAAGCUACGGGGCCACUGCCUUGCAGGCCUCGCUCUCCCUCACACUCCCUCGCUCUGCCUCGCUCUCCCUCGCUCUCUGGUUUGGAGCUGAGGAAAAGCUACGGACUGAGUGUCUCUGGACCUCAGCCUCCUCAUGUGAAAAGGAGGUGUUCAAUUCAAUUUCAAAAGUAUCUUCAGCCUCCGAGAUUCCAGAGCAGACGGUUUGUUGAAGGAGGCCUGAGCAAGCAUGGGUACUAGGAACUGUGUCAUUUGAUGGGUGAGCUGGUCUAGGGCAUCAGGAAGAUAAUGACUUUACAAUCAACACGAGGGCACAGGCGAUUAAGAAACACAUUUAGCUGAUGGCUUGAGUGUCUGUUCCAUUUGGAGGAUAGAUUCCUUAAAAGGAACAGGGUGACUCAUCUGCCAGCAGUAACCUGAUGAACUAGAGCUAUCCACUUUCCUCGCUUUGAUUCCAGGCAACUCAAAGAGCCUAAUUUGGUUUUCCAAGGCAGAUUCCCCAGCAUGAAGACGGCAGGCUAUGGCAAUUGAAAACUGACAUUCUUUUGUGGGAGCAAAAUUGGAUCACAUAUGAGAAAAAGCUGUAAAAUUAUAUUAACUAACAUUCAAUGCAAAGGGAUAUCAUCCUUGAUAAUAUCAUUACUUCUGAAUCAUUCUCCUGCUGAUUUGGUUAGUAGCCUUUGAGUCAUUUUUUAGAGCUAGUAAGCCCUGUGUAACUUGGUAAAUAUGGAAAUUCUGGAUCUGCAAGGCUGAUCAGAGGUGAAAAUCACCAACAUUUACAUAGUGCUUUACAAUUUUCAAAAUGUUUUUGCAAGUGAUAUCCUAAGAACUCUGAGAGAGAGAGAGAGAGGGCCCAGUAUUCUCCCAGCGUCUCGCUUAGGAAGGCUCAGUAUUAGAGCGGAGCUAGGCAGGGUCUGGGCUGGCCGUCCAGCCCGAGUGAAAAGCACAGUGCUGCUGUUUCUGAAGAGGGGGAGUGCUGUUCCCCCAUCUAACUAACACACCGCUCACACAGAGACUCACACACACUGCACGGGAUCUGUGCCCAGUGGGACAGCUGAAGCAGGGAUGAGAGGCAGAGGGCCGAGAAGAAAGCCAAAUGCCAAUCUGUUCUUGAGAUCCCAGAACUGCUUCUCUUUUCCUCUUCAAAUGUGGCUCAAAGCACACACGGCCUUUCCACAUGGCUGCCCUGUGGCUGGGACUGUUCAGUCUCCCUUAGCUCCAGACUCAGGUGGAAUCUGCUUGCUGCAGGUGUGGAAAGUACCCAGCCUUUUAAGAUGGAAUCUCGAAGGUAUCAGGUGCCUGCCUGUAUCUCCCUGGAAGUUUGAUCUGGAUGCUCCUGCUGAGGGUGGCUAGGGGCCCUCCGCUGUGAUGGUCCUUCCAGGGCAGCGCGCCAGACCUAUCCCACCUGGGACUCUGGGCAUCUUGGCCACUGGAGCUGCCAGUCUCAGAUUACAGGGGAGGGGAGAUCCCUAGACCUCAGGCUCUCUGUGCAGUGCAAACCUGAACUCUCCUGUCGGCUGCUGUGAGACUGCCCCAGAGUGGGAUCUUCGUGCCCAGGCCCUUCCCAUUCACGGGGGGAGGUCAUAUUGCUUCUCUGGGAAUUUAUAGAGGCUCCGAAAAAAGAGAUGAACUGGUCCAAUUCCUGCAUCUCCUUUUGUUGGAUUUACUUUGCUGCCUUCAGACUGAGAGUUGCAGAAACAGCAGAUGGAAAAUAUGCUCAGAAGUUGUUCAAUGACCUUUUUGAAGAUUAUUCCAGUGCUCUUCGUCCAGUAGAAGAUACAGAUGAGGUCCUGAAUGUCACACUGCAGAUCACGCUUUCUCAGAUUAAGGACAUGGACGAAAGAAACCAAAUCCUGACUGCCUAUUUGUGGAUCCGCCAAAUCUGGCACGACGCGUAUCUCACGUGGGACCGGGACCAGUACGAUGGGCUGGACUCCAUCAGGAUCCCCAGCGACCUGGUGUGGAGGCCGGACAUUGUCCUGUACAACAAGGCUGACGAUGAACCUUCCGAGCCUGUGAAUACCAAUGUGGUCCUGCGGUAUGAUGGGCUGAUCACCUGGGAUGCACCAGCCAUCACCAAAAGCUCCUGUGUGGUGGAUGUCACCUACUUCCCCUUUGAUAACCAGCAGUGCAACCUGACCUUUGGCUCCUGGACCUACAAUGGCAAUCAGGUGGACAUCUUUAACGCCCUGGACAGCGGAGACCUGUCUGACUUCAUUGAAGACGUGGAGUGGGAGGUCCAUGGCAUGCCUGCGGUGAAGAACGUGAUCUCCUAUGGCUGCUGCUCGGAGCCGUACCCCGACGUGACAUUCACCCUCCUUCUGAAGAGGAGGUCCUCCUUCUACAUUGUCAACCUCCUCAUCCCAUGCGUCCUCAUAUCUUUUCUGGCUCCCUUGAGUUUUUAUCUCCCUGCAGCCUCUGGGGAAAAGGUCUCCCUGGGCGUGACCAUCCUUUUGGCCAUGACUGUGUUUCAGCUCAUGGUGGCAGAGAUCAUGCCAGCCUCAGAAAAUGUUCCUCUCAUAGGAAAAUACUACAUAGCUACUAUGGCCUUGAUCACAGCCUCCACUGCCUUGACCAUCAUGGUGAUGAAUAUCCACUUCUGCGGGGCUGAGGCCCGGCCAGUGCCCCACUGGGCCAGGGUGGUGUUCCUGAAGUACAUGUCCAGGAUGUUGUUCGUCUACGAUGUGGGUGAGAGCUGCCUCAGCCCCCACCGCAACAGGGAGCGGGACCACCUCACGAAGGUUUAUGACAAACUUCCAGAACCUAAUCUGAAAAUAGCCAGGAACAGCGGCCCUCCCAGGAAGAAGGAGAUGAACAAACUCGUGAAGAAUGACUUGGGGUGCCGGGGAGAGAACCCGCACGAUGCUGACAGCUACUGCGCACGGUUCAAAGUGCUGACGAGGAAUAUCGAAUACAUUGCCAAGUGCCUCAAAGACCACAAGGCCACCAAUUCCAAGGGGAGUGAAUGGAAGAAGGUUGCAAAAGUCAUAGAUCGGUUCUUCAUGUGGAUAUUUUUCAUUAUGGUGUUCGUGAUGACUAUUUUGAUCAUAGCAAGGGCAGAUUAGUAGGUAUUUGGUAUGCGGGGGAAAAAAAUCAAUAGAAUUCCCUGUGAUCUACUCUAAUAAUUCUUCUAAGACAUACAUACAUACAUGCAUAUAUAUAUAUAUGAAUAUAUGAUAUAAACAC